AUGCGUCGACGUUGCUUAGCGAGUUGUUGUCGGCGUCGUUACAGCAUCACUGUUGUCAUGAACGAGACACGCACUAAUGAUCCAAAAAAGCAUCGUACAACAGAGCGGAGUUUACCGCCGAGUGAGUCUUUUAGAGUUGGUCUGAUCUCGGGGGCCGCUGCUGGCACCAUCGCUGACCUGGUCUUGUUCCCGCUUGACACACUGAAAACAAGACUUCAGGUUCCGGGCUCGCGCCUUGGUGCUCAGACCUUUCGGGGCAUAUACAACGGUAUACUUCCGGCUAUUGUUGCAUCGGCACCCGCAGCUGCGGCAUUUUUCGGUACUUACGAUUGGCUGAAGAAAACCCUCACGAUAAAUUUUCCGCAGAGUGCACCGCCGCUGGUCCAUAUGGUGGCUGCCGUUGGUGGUGACCUGGCGGGCUCCUUCAUGCGGGUGCCCUUCGAGGUGGUGAAGCAGAAUCUUCAAGCGGGCUAUUAUCGAAGUUCUGUGGACGCUGUAAGCGCCAUCGUUUCGAAGGAGGGUAUUCGCGGCCUGUAUCGCGGAUGGGGCUCACUGAUCGCUCGUGAGGUGCCUUUCGAUAUCCUUGAAUUUCCCCUCUACGAAGCGUUUAAAAAGAUAUGGUCCCGACGCAAAGGUCGUGCGCUAGAAACCUGGGAGUCCGCUUUGUGUGGUAGCGCAGCAGGCGGUAUCGCUGCGGCUUGCACCACACCACUGGACGUUGUCAAGACUCGGUUAAUGACGAGAUCAGCUAGUGCAGCCACACAGCAAGGAAUCUGGGGAACCAUGCAACAGAUAGCACGUGAAGAGGGCAUCGGAACACUGUUCAGCGGGACGACGCCACGCAUUCUCUGGAUUUCGCUGGGCGGAGCGCUUUUUUUCGGCGGCUACGAGGCCACCAAGAGUCUUCUAAUGGAUCGACCGCGUAUGACGUUGACGGGAACUCCCAAGGACCCCUAG